UCCGGGGUUACAGACGGCUUGAGUGUCAGCUACCCUCAAGGCAAAAUGGCUCUCCAUAAUAGAGUUGUGCUGGUAAUUACUGCCUUCAUAGCUGUAUUCAGUUUGUGGCCAGCUGACUCCCAGGGGUCUCUCCCAGUCCCUACUUUAGCAUUUUUAUCUUCUGUGAAUGAAAGUGACAUUAAACUGUUCACCAUGGUAAACCUUAGCUGCACCAUCCCAGACGAGGCUCCAUACCCUGUGACAGUGUUCAUCUAUCGAGGUGAAGCGCCAUCUGUAACCUCAGAGUCCUGGAUUAUGUUUAAUAACCUUAGGCAGGCGGACACCAUCAUUUUCACACUCAAGGUGAGGCCUGACAGAGAAGGGCCAAUAGUGUGCUGGUACAAGUCUAGCAGGACAAGCCAGACCUCUGGAUUCAGCAACUCUGUCAACUUAGUCAUAUCUUCCCUUCCAAGCCCUAUUAUAGCUAUCUAUCCCCCUGCUGUUCCUGUGGGUGGGGAUUACAUUGCACAAUGCGAGAUACCACGUGAAGAUUUCACAAACGUCACUCUGAGCAUGUUCUACCGUCCCCUUCCCAUCGGCCCUCAAAAAGAAGCUUUCAAAUACAUUGGAUCACUGGCUCUUGAACAAGGGAAUUGGGCUUGCUCAGUCAAUAAUACCGAUGCCACAACAUCCACUGAGUUUGUAUGUAAAAUGGAGGUGUUCAUUAAUGGCAGGGCGCUGCACUCCACGUCCAGUCCUGUGGCCGCCAUCCCAGAGGAACUCCCUGCACGCCUGUAUUCGUCCUCCCGGGGCACAGCAGCCUGUUCUGGGUAUCUCUCAGUCAGGGUCUCAGACGAAUGGAGGCCCAUAUGUUUCUCCACCAUUGAUGUGUCUGAUAAAGCAGUGGCUAAUGUAACGUGCCGAGAGGUGGGCUGUGGGCAUGCGCUACUCUGGGAGAGGGUUUCGGGUGUCCUUCCCAAUGCUGUGGGCACUCCAAGGUGCAGUGGGAGAGAGCAGAAGCUAGCCCACUGCCAUAUGGACGGUUCAAGGCUUUGUACACAACACACACUUCACGUCAUGUGUUCAGGUGCCCUGCCUACCCCUAGGCUCACAGUGGAAGGACAUGUUUCUGUUUCUUCUGUGUACUUCGGGAAGGAGGAGUCGGUGAUAUUCAUCUGCUCUUUUAAUUCAUCCUCACUGACAUAUGCUGACAGGGUGUACCUCACAUUAAACUGUGAAGGAAAGGACAUGGAUACACAUUACAUCCCAGCAGGUGGGAGCAUGCGAACUGAGUUGUCAAAGGACAAAAUGAAAUAUGGAUGGUGUGCAUGCUAUGCCCAUCCAAAUCUAAUCCACCCACCAAGGACAGAAAACAGCAACUUCAUUUACAUCUAUGAUCCUCCACCAGCUGGACCAAUUGUUGCUGCUAUUAUCACUACAGUAGCAGGAGUAGCCAUUCUCAUGUACGUUUGUGUAUGUCGAAUCAGCCAAAAGCAUGUUCAAGGUGCAGCCACACAAGACCUGACAGUAAUGCAGGUGGGCAAUAAUCCAACCUUUGCACAGGGGGAGCCAGAGAGUACAGAACAAAACCUUCAACAAGUAUAGGGCAAAGCAUAACCAGUUCACUUCAGAAAUAUUCGUGACACUUUACAUUAGCGUUUCUUUAAUUAAUGUUAUUUAUAAUAAGAGUUUACAUUAACAAAUGACAAAUUAUUAACAAAUUACUGAAUUUCAUUUCAUGAACCUAGUCAUUAAUCAUUCAUAAGUAAUUAACUUGUGCUAAUUGUCUUUAGUAUUUCAGACAGUGUAGGAUACUUGGAAAUAACUCAGAAAUAAAUAGGUAGUGUUAUUAAAUUGUACAGGGUUCUAUAAUAUUAGAAAUUAAACACUUAUAGUAUUGCAUGAGUUUGAAAAGUGGUGAUAAUUUUACUUAUUUUGUUAACAAUCCUUAUGAUUUAUUAAUGGUUAGGUUUAUGGUCUUUUAAUAUAUAAUACUGUUAGUUAAUAUAACCUCGAUGUAAAAUGUUACUGAAAUAUUGUAUAUGUGUUGACUGAAAUAAAUCAAUUGUGUUAA